CUAUUACGGCGUCGCACUUGCACACGGCUUCCGGUUCCGGGCAGUUCAUCUUCACUUAAAGCUGAAAAUGAGUUUAUUUUUGCCUAAAUUGACCUGCAAAAAAGACAUAGAUGAUGUUAUUAAGGAGGUGGCAGAAAAGGUGCUUGUUUUGAGGUUUGGGAGGGAGGAAGACUCCGUUUGUCUCCAGCUAGAUGAGAUUCUGUCCAAGACCUCCAAUGCCCUGAGCAACAUGGCGGCCAUCUACAUCGUGGAUGUGGAUCAAGCUCCUGUUUACACCAGAUACUUUGAUAUUAGUUACAUACCGUCGACCGUUUUCUUUUUCAAUGGACAGCACAUGAAAGUGGACUAUGGCUCGCCAGAUCACACCAAGUUUGUUGGCAGCUUCAAAAGCAAGCAGGACUUCAUGGAUCUGAUUGAGGUCAUAUACAGAGGAGCCAUGCGGGGGAAAAUGAUUGUCCAGAGUCCCAUAGACCCUCAAAAUGUCCCCAAAUACGACCUGCUCUACCACAACAUCUAGCAUCGCCGUCAGCAAACAUGAAAAUGCCCAAAAUCGUGUCGUCUUUCCUGGAAAGUUGCGGCAAAAGUCACAAUGUUUUGGGGCGUUUUUUAUUUGUAUUCACUAAGAUUGAAUCCCGGUUUAGUUAAUUUGUUAUCAAUGUUGUUAGUGUUAACCUCAGAUAAACACAAAACCGCCACAGAAAUUGGACAACAAAUACUGUAUUGAUGUUGUACUCGUUUCCACGGCACAGAUCUAAAAGUAGCCACAAGAUGGCAGUAACAGCACAUUGUCAAAUUAGCAUACCGGUUAAAUGCACCACAUUUAAUAACGGUCGUAUUAACAUUUCUGCAACUUGUUGACGAGAGAACAUAGGUUUUGGUUCGAGCGUUAAUGAGUGCCAUCUAGAGAUGAACUGGAUUAGUGAAAAUGUGCACUGAAGUUGUGCAGGAGUUUGCCUAAAUUGGCGCGAUUGUGACAUCACAAAUUCCUGGAAGGACUGACAAUAUUUUAUAUUUUGCCAUCGUCCUUUAAUCGGCUCCAAACAGAGGGCCAUGCACUUCAAAAAGAAAUCAUGCUGGGAGCCAUUUUCAUAUUUUUCUUUUUCAAAACCAAUAAUUAUUCUAACCAA